UCGUGGUGUUUACUGGAAAUAGAUUAGAAAGCGAUAAACCAGGAGGAAUGUUGACAUACCGGGCUGUCUGGACGGGGCCUUGGGCGAGCGGAAAGGCGUUGACGUACCGGAAGUUGUUCUGUCAGCAGCAAGACUCAAGGUGAUCACCUCUCAACCGGCAGCACAAGCUCUCAGCACAAGAGAAGCGAGGAGCCUCUCACAAACACGCAUCGCUUCCCUGAAAAGGCUCAAACUUAAAGUAAAGGCCUGCUCGGUAGACAAAGUACUCGGGACGGGAUUUUGCGAGAACCUCACUGAAUACGUCAGCAUGAGUCGGGCGCUACGUUCUGCUGUAUGCUGUCUCUUUUUUACGGGGCUUGUGCUCUCAAUGUUUGCAUUUGCCGAAUGUAAACGUCUCAAGACAAAGUUUGAUUCAAGGAGGCAUGCAAGCAAAGAUGGAGUAGUCUCCGUGAGUAGAGAUGGACGGUACCUCGACACCGCUCCACGAGAAAAAAGAAGUCCCCAACGCCAAGGCUCGUUCCCAUCUGAUGUUUGUUACUGUAAUACAUUCGCGACGAAGGGCGGCCAGUGCAAUCCCAGCGAUCAUAGCGCACCUUGUGACUGCUUGGUAAACUUCCGCGGUGAUCGCUGCGAAAGCUGUACUCCAGGAUACUGGGGGUUUCCUGACUGCCUACCGUGUAAUUGCAAUCCUGAGGGCGCGACCAACCUCGUGUGUGACCAGUCGACCGGACGGUGCCCGUGUAGGACGCGAAUUCGCGGCAAAAAAUGCGACCUCUGCCCACUGGGACAUUUCAACUUCCCCAGGUGCAAAGCCUGUAACUGCAACACGGCUGGAUCUCACAGCUUCAUGUGCAACGAGUUGACCGGCGAGUGCCCUUGCAAAGACAAGAUCGCGGGAAGGCAGUGCGACAGAUGUCUCUGGGGAUUCUUCAACUUUCCAGACUGUUGGUGGUGCGACUGUGAUCCGCUGACCACAAAAGACGAAAUUUGUGACAACACGGGCUCAUGCGUCUGCAAGGACAAUUUUCAAGGGCAUCGCUGCCAGAAGUGUAUGACGGGAUACUACGGAUUUCCACUUUGUAUAAAGUGCGCAUGCUCGAACUCGGGUUUCGGAACGUGCGGCCAAUACGGGGAGUGUAUCUGCAGGCCUGGUUACACGGGCCGUAGCUGCGAAAGCUGCGCCAAGGGCUUUUAUGGGUUUCCACACUGCACGGCGUGUAAUUGUAAUGUGCAGGGCUCUGAGAGCCAGUCAUGUGACCAGGCGUCAGGCAAAUGUACGUGCAAGAAGAAUGUAAUUGGCUGGAAGUGUGACAUGUGUGCAAAGGAUCUAGUAUCCUUCCCGGCAUGCACAAAGUGCAAUUGCGAUCCCGGGGGGACGGUGGUCCUUCCGGGGCAGAGCAAGGUCGGAUGUUUUGGCGCCAAACAGAGCUGCAUGUGCAAGAUGAACGUACAAGGAACCCUUUGUGACCGCUGUCGCUUCGGUUACUUUAACUUCUCGGCGGAGAACCCUUCUGGGUGCACAACCUGUGGCUGCUCGACCCGCGGGACCAUGGCGGCAAUGCGCGGUUGUCAUCAUGUGACCGGAAUUUGCAGCUGCAAAAACUACGUAACCGGAAGCAAGUGUGCCACGUGUCGCGACGGAUUCUACAAGCUGUUGUCGCAUGAUAUUUUUGGCUGCAGAGAGUGCCGGUGUAACCCUGGUGGAUCAGCUAGCCACGUGUGUCACAAGGGGGGUGGGGAGUGCAAGUGUUUGCCUCAGAUCCACGGGAAGCACUGCAACAAGCUGACUGCCUCGGCACGGGUGUACAUUCCAGACUUGCACCAUAUCAAAGCAGAACUAGAAGAAGGAGUUGAGAGUGAUGGGUUCCCUGUGUUAAGUGGAUCUGACAGCAAUAAAUUCCCAGGGUUUUCUGGUGCGGGAUAUGUAGUUCCUGCAAAAUUUACAGAGUUUUCGGUGCGUAUCGCUGUCCCACGCACGAGCACUUACAGAAUCAUCUUCCACUAUGCGCUAGACUCUCUCAGAACGGUCAAUGUCGACCUACGACUGUCUGUUGAAGGAGGCAAGCCUAUGCACACGAUGACUACCUCGUUCCUACCAUCGCGCGAUGGGAGUGGCGUGCGUAACAAGCUGUACACUGCCGAGUCUAACGGGCGGUUGGUUGAGGUGGAGCUGAACAAGGGCGUGUGGAUCAUCUCGAUGACAAGCACGAGCUCCGACUUGCUUAUGGAUUACGUCGCCCUACUACCGGAGGAAUACUACAAGGCGCCACUCCUGCACCAGUCUCCCUCGGAGCCAUGUCUAGCGAACGUGUACUACGACAAGCAUUGUUAUAUGUACACUUACUACACCGACAACAAUACUGACACUAUCCCUGGAAUACGUGGCUUUCUUAGCGUUGGAAGCCUCAAAUAUUUUGAUGAUGAUCGUUUCGACCUUCAAAGACCUGGAUUCGAGUACAUGGCAGCAUUAGGGAACGCACAGGUCAAUGUGUACUACUACAUCCCUGUGCCGCAUCCUGGCAAGUAUGCUUUGGUCAUCUCGUAUUUCCAGCCACAGAGAAUAGUCCACCGCAUUUAUGUCUACCAUAACAAACGGCAGGGCGUACUAGAAGCCCAGCCUUGUCAGUACCAGUUCGCCUGCAAGCAGGUUGUGCUAAGUGACCGUAGUCAGGUCGUGGAGUUCGACAUGACAGCCGAUAUCUACAAAAACAAGAUCUCGAUUGUUGCGUUCUCAGCCGCAAGUAUAGGGCUGAUCUCAGUGACUGCGAUACCGAUAGAAAGCUGGGACAUCUUGUAUUUGAAGCCUUUCCUCCGUUGUUCUUCCUACCUAAACAAAUGCGAGGCCUCUACCUACGACAUGCCCAAAGACGCAGUGUGGCUUGUCUCUGAUGUCCCUAGCUCCCGGGCAGACAAGAUGAAAACCCCUCUUAAGGGAGUGGUCAAGUCACGUGGGAAGUACCAUGUGAUCAUCCAUUACAAGCAGCCGGGUGUACUCCGUGCGCUCGGUAGUGUGCAGAUUACUUCUGGGGUAAAGCCGCUGACCGUUGAUGUCACUUUUGAGUUUUGCGCCACGGAUAGCGGUUGCAGAGUUUUGGUUCAGUGGCCUGGUGACGAGAAGGAGUUCGACGCUGGUCGGCUGUCCCUGAACGUCAUCUCGAUGAAAGAAACAUCUGUGGUUUACGUGAUUUUGGUCCCGAGUGCGUCAUACGAUGAGUCGAUACUCAAACUCCACCACAAAGGCGAUGUCAACGACUUUAUCAAGUAUUGCGCGACAAACCACUACCAUGUCACGCACUCCGGGCGUCACGCCCGCCUCUGUCGUGACUUCGUAUUCACACUGACGCUUAACUUCAAUGGCGCGCCCUUCCCUUGUGAAUGCGACCCUAAGGGAGCGCUUGAUGCCAGCUGUAGUAAGUUUGGAGGGCAAUGUACAUGUCGGCGGAACGUGGUAGGACGCAAGUGUGACCGCUGUAUGGCUAGUUACACAGGAUUCCCAAACUGCCGCAAGUGCGAAUGCAGUCCUGUAGGGUCGGUGUCACCCGACUGUGACGUCACAGGGCAUUGUACCUGCACCCGAGGCUUCGGCGGUCGCAAAUGUGACAGGUGUGCGUCAUAUGGUUACUAUGGUUACCCAAACUGCAAAGCGUGUAAUUGCGAUACCAGGGGCUCUCUCAGCACGUUUUGUGGGAGCUGGGGCCAGUGUCAAUGUCGUAUGAACUUCGAGGGUCUCAAAUGCGACCAAUGUCGCGUCGGGUACUAUGACUUCCCGCGCUGCAAGCAGUGUGGGUGCAACCCGGCAGGAAUCCGUCUGUUGCCAGGGCAACAAAAUACAUGCGGCAACGGAAAUGACACCAAGUGCACAUGCAAAGAGAACGUGCAAGGUGCGGAAUGCGAGCAAUGCAAGAGCAUGCACUUCGGCCUAAGUAUUUUCAACCCUAAAGGAUGUCGGUCCUGCGGAUGUAAUCUGAAUGGAACUUUGGGAAGUAUAGGCGAUUGCGAUAAGGAUCAUGGGAGAUGUAAUUGCAAGGCUCACGUGACUGGCCGGGAAUGCGGGCGCUGCGCUGAUGGUUACUAUGGCUACCAAGCCGCAGACACCUUUGGAUGCAAACGUUGUAACUGUAAAGUCGGGAACUCAUUUGGCUCAUACUGUGACGGUUUCACUGGCCAGUGCGCAUGCAUGUCAAAUGUAGGAGGCAUUCAUUGUGACAGAAUUGAAAAUAACAAGGCCUACAGCCCGGAUCUUCACCACAUUAAGUUCGAGUUUGAGGACGGGGAGACGGACAACCAGAUACCAGUAGCCGUCUACCACAACACCAUACAGUUCCCUGGCUUCUCUGGCGCAGGCUACACUGUACUGGAUGCCUACCAGAGCCGGAUUCACAUGAUGAUAGACAUUCCACGCACCACUCAGUAUCACGUUAUACUGCACUACACACUGAGUCAAGUUCGCCCCGUAGGGGCCCUGAUCACGUUCACCCCUACUCUCGAGUCAGGGUUUUUCCCCUUAGGACCCGCCAGUCAACACAAACUUGGUGUUCGUUUCAAAUCCACGGCCACGUGGUCACACACUCUGGCCCAGUACGUCACAGCCAAAGAUAGUAAGGGUCGUCCCAUAGAAGUUCUGCUAAGCAGGGGCAAGUGGAGGAUGUCAAUGGGUGCGAGUACUUCCACUAUUCAACUGGAUUGCCUAAUCCUCCUCCCAGAGGCCUACUAUCGCCCGACCGUACUCAAGGAACACGUGACCAACCCCUGCGAGGUGAACUCCGCUGACCAGCACUGCUUGCAUUACCGCUACCCUAACAUCGACGGUGUGGAUGUAAGUACGAUGUCGGCGGAGUCAGGGAGGUUGACUGGCAGGCGCUACCAAACACUGAGCCCUCCCUUCCCUAGUGUGGAGCUACACGGGCAGCAGAACGUGCUGUCUAUAGAUGUGCCUAGUGCUGUUGUAAGCGGUGCUUAUAUGGUAAUCGCCAGCUAUUAUCACCCAAGCUCGCGCACAGGUCGACUCGAUGUUCAGCUAACAUCCGAGCGCGCAAUGCAGGCUGGUUGGAUGAGAAUAUUAUCAUGCAGGUACACAUUCGGCUGUCGCCAGGUCGCUAUCCAGGAGGAUCACGACGUGCAAGUGUUCCAGAUCAACGCCGGCGCCACGAUCAGUCUGUACAGCCGCCUCUCUCUAGCAGUGAACUCCGUGACGAUUAUCCCACAUGACUCGUGGAAGCCGAGCGUCCUCACUCCUGCUCCACAGUGUGUCCGGUCCGGUCCAUCUUGUGUCCUGUCCGAUUACACAUUGCCUACUGAUGCAAUCCUCAUCCAGGCAGAAAACUCUACGGAUAAGAACGGACACGGCUCCCCAAGACCGCCAUAUCUGAUGGACUUUACUGUCAAACUGGCCUAUAUCUCGUCACAACAGCACACCCUUUACAUUUACAGUACUGUGCAGCCUGGCCGCUAUUACGUCAUCGUUCACUUCUACCAGCCCCAGUUCCUCUCGUUCAAUGGUCGAGUAAUCGUCAGCAGCGAUUCUGCCACGCCCACUUUGGUCAACUUCCGGUAUUGUCCUUUCGUUUCCGGUUGCCGUGCGAUCGGCCAGUCCCAGGAGCGUUCUGGAUUAAAAGAACGGAUUACGAUUGGAAGUAGCUCCCAUGUGUUGAUUUCAGUCGUGAUUCCCGAGGAAGCAUCGAUUUGGAUAGACUACUUACUCCUUGUGCCGGCGCGCUCAUUCCAGCCGUCCCUACUGGACGCGGAUCCCAUAGACAUGUCUCAAGAAUUCGUGCAACAGUGCGCACAUAAUAACUACCACAUCAAGCCUUCUGCCUCCAAGUUCUGCCUCAAGUCUGUCUUUGCCAUGACAACGAGCUUCAACCGAGGAGCUUUACCCUGCGACUGCGACAAGCAGGGUUCCAUGAGUGAUAGCUGCCAAUCAUAUGGGGGACAAUGCCGUUGCCAUAGCAACGUGGUUGGCCGGACUUGCAAUAGGUGUAGACCCAGGUAUCGUCGAGUGCCAAAUACUAGAGGGUGCGUGUUAUGAUGGCACGGUGAAUACGCUGUGUCUUUGCGCUAGGAGUCGUGUUUAUAGUCCGUCAUCACCGCUUAGUCCUUGACGUAGAUUCAAAUCACACUUUCGAUUUCCGUCCUGGCAUGAAAGACACCAUUGCUUAAGUUACAUCAUCGUUUGUUUGGACUGAUAGUUGUAUGUCACCACUGCUGGUGAAAAUAUUUCCCGCUCGUCAGGGAUCUCGACGAACCCGCCUUUAUACAGCCGCACAAUGUGGGUUAUACGAAUUGCAGCAGAUAGUGGAUGCUGGGGUGAAAUGUAAUAAAGAAAUUUUAUUUCGAA